UGCCUACACCGCCGCGUCGAAGUCUACUUACUUUUCUGGGAGCUUGGUGCCCGGUAAACUAACCCGUGGAGGAACCCGGGGGGGAAUUGAAUGUUGGUGGACCUCUUUCGUCCUCCCCCUCCUCGUCGUAGACGCCGACAGAGUCCAUCGCCCAUACGGCAAUUGCCCGCGGUCGGUGCCCAGCCAGCGAAGCGGGAGCCAUGCCUGUCCCCGCUGGAUACAUCAGCGACUCCACUGCCGCGGCCUUCGCAUCCUCGGCCUCGCUUAUCCCGCCGCCGCCGAUAAACACCCAUCAGCCCGGUGUUGUCACAUCGCUGCUGUACAGCGGCUCCAAGUUCAGGGGCCACCAGAAGAGCAAAGGGAACUCGUACGACGUGGAGGUUGUUUUGCAGCAUGUCACCAUGGAGGAUUCCUACUUGUGUGGCUACCUGAAGAUAAAAGGACUGACUGAGGAAUACCCAACUCUGACCACAUUCUUCGCUGGAGAGAUCAUCAGCAGGAAGCGGCCAUUUCUCACCCGGAAAUGGGAUGCAGAUGAGGAUGUGGAUCGUAAGCACUGGGGCAAGUUCCAGGCCUUCUACCAGUACGCAAAGACGUUCAACUCCGAUGAUUUCGAUUACGAGGAUCUGAAGAACUCUGACUAUAUUUUCAUGAGGUGGAAGGAGCAGUUUCUGGUCCCUGACCACACAAUCAAAGACAUCAGCGGAGCUUCCUUUGCUGGAUUCUACUACAUCUGCUUCCAGAAAUCCACGGCGACGAUCGAGGGCUACUACUACCACAGGAGCUCUGAAUGGUACCAGUCUCUAAACCUCACCCACGUUCCCGAGCACAGCGCAGCCAUCUAUGAGUUCCGGUGACAUCGGCCAGCAUCGUGGAUCUUUUUUUGUUGAUGGACAGAGACUUCAAGCAAAGCAGAGGUCUGCGGAUGCUGCUGAGGAGGACAGGGAGAACGACUCGGCGUGAGAAUUUGGGCUUUGGAGAAGUGCAAACUCUUACAUGUUCCCAGUAAGUGGGCGGACAGCUGAUUGACCAGUGGACGGGAUAUUGGACAAAUGAAUGUACGCACGAGAUGAGAAGAAAGGAAGGCAGAAAGCGCAGCUCUGCUCCCAGGCUGGAGCUUGUAAAGUUCAAACCAGCAGCUGAGACUGGGUGUGGCUCGUACAGUGUACCCCUCUCUUCAUUUGUUUUCAUAACGCUUGGCGCAGCAUCUCGAGACAAUUUCUAAGUUGAGCGGGGAGUUCCCCUUCCCCCUGUCUUGCAAAUGUUUCCAGCUUUCAUCCAGCCGAUGAGCAGCAUAAACACAUUUGACUGCGUGUUGGACAAGGAUUCCUCUGAGGCGUCUGCUCUUGUAAACACAAACUCUAAAGAAGUAGAACACCAAGUCUGUGUGGACGAAAAGCAAGAGAGUCUGGGCUCAUGAUUGAUUGGAGCUUUAAUCAGCCCAUAAGCUAGAAUGACAGUAUUUUUUUUUUUUUUUAAAGCUAAGCUGGUUCUUUGUUUGCCCGCCAAGAGGAUAUUUUGCUAUUUCAGCAUAAAUGAUGGACGCAGAGUGGCACUUUUAAAGGCUGCAAUGUGAGUGACACACAAAACGAGCUUUUCCCCUGUGUUCAUGCAGCUGCUUGGGAGAUUAUUAUCACAUGUGAUUGCUGUGGAUCUUGUUCUAUUGAGUUACAUUUGCACAAAGAUGGACUUUAUGUUACUAAUGCUUGCAGUCAGGAUUUUACACUCACAUGCCCUAGUAUCAGCAUCAACGUGGCGCGUCAAGCUUUUUGACUGGGUUUGACUGUGUGUGUGGGGGGUUUAGAGCCAAAACAAUCACAUAAAAGUAUUCAAAAAGAGAGUAUUUUUACCUUGCACUCUGCGUUAAACUAAGAGCUUUUUACUCCCUCAUGUGUCAUUUUAAAUUAAGACCCAUCCCCCCCAACACCGUCCCUACAUUUAUGUCUCCUCGACUAUGCAACACUUUCAACAUAGCACUCUCCAAACAUAAAUCCUUCAGUUAUCAGAGACAGAAUUUUAUUCUAUCCUUAGAGUAUAUGAAAAAAAAAAAAAAGAUUCUAUCUUCGUUAAAGGAAAUAUUUUUGUUAAAAUGCCUACGAAAACACUCCCCAAAUCAUGUUCCCUUCCCACGUGUGAUGGUGCCAUGUUUCUAAAGCUUAUCAGAGUUGUAUUAUAACAGGUCAGAAGUGUGUUUGUUUGAGAAUAAGCCUGGAUUUGAUUGAUGGUGUGACUGUAAAGAAUGGAUUAUGGAUUUUAAAAAAAUCAUAUCGAAACACC